CCGAUGGUCUGACUGCAUCGACCCGACCCGGUUCAGUUGGGCAGCAGUACCACACAGCAAACCGCCCUUCUUUGCUUUCUCUCUCGGCUACGAAACUCACAGACACACGGAUGCGAUUUCCCCCAAAAGUCUGCAUUCAUAAGGAAUCUUUGAUAUCAAAGUGAUGAGCAUCAUCAAAAGCAGCUUAGGAAGCCUGAAAAAUGUGCUAGCUGAAGCAGCCACGAAAGGAGUUACAGAGGCGAGGGCUAGAAUCUUUGGCCAUGUGCUCAACCCGACUGGGCAAAGAUCCCCUCAUAAGAUACUACGCAAGAAGCUCAUCGGUGAUAAAGUUGCAGCGUGGUACCCUUAUGAUAUCAAUAAGGAUGAUCCACUUGUCUUGGCCCGUAAAGAACAAGAGCGACUGAAUAAACUUGAAAUGUUGAAGCGUCGUGGAAAGGGACCGCCGAAGAAAGGACAAGGGAAGCGUGCUAAAAAGAGUACCAGAUCGUAAGAAUAAUCUCAAUCAGCUCGAAUUCUAGACCUUUUUGGCAUUUAAUUGGUUAUGGUUUCCGUUGAUUUUAGUUCGAAAUGUUUCUCUUGUUCAUGUUAAUUUCCAUAAAAUUUGUGGCAUAAUAUGGAAUCAAGAAUUGAUGCGGAUUUGAAAUGAUUUCAAAUUUGGAAUUUGAGGAUUUGAGAACCUGUCUUGUUAAUUUUGUCAAUUUAGU